CUUCAAUAUUGAUUCACUGGUUUUUUAUGUUGUUGAUUGACGUUAAAAUUUAUUUGAACUGAUGAAAACAGAAGGUUUAUUGACGAGUAAUUUAAAUUCCGUCCGUAAAGUUCAACUUUCAGAUUUUACAAUUAGCCUAAUUGUCUAGCCUACGGUCCUCAACAUGACUUCUAAACCAACUCAACUGUUGGGUCUGGAUCCAGCCCAGCAAAAUGUGUUUGUUUCGUACUUCAAGAAUUUGCCUGAGAAACCAGCCACCACAGUGAGGUUCUACAAUCGUGUCGAGUACUACACUUUACAUGGUUCCGAUGCUAGUUUUGCUGCAAAGGAAAUUUUUAGGAGCACUGCUGUCAUCAAGACAAUUGGUUCUGGUAGCAAUACUUUGGACUCCCUCAUUGUUAACAAGACACAGUUUGAGAAGUUUGUUCGAGAGCUGCUACUCGUGAAGCAUUACAGAGUUGAGGUCUACACCAAGCCUGGCAAAGCAUCCAACAAUGCAUGGACUGUCGAGUACAAGGGUUCUCCAGGCAAUUUGUCGCAGUUCGAAGACUUGCUGUUUGCUGGUGGAGAACAACUGAGUGGCUCAGCCAUCAUAUCUGUGCGACCUUCUGUUGAUCAAAAGUCCAAGGUUGUUGGUGUCGCUGUCGUGGACACUACAGACCACACUUUCUCAGUGUGCGAGUUCGCUGACAAUGACUACUAUAGUGAGUUGGAAGGCCUAGUGGUGCAACACUCCCCUCGCGAGUGUCUUCUACCCCAAGAGUCGUCCGCCGAGGUGGAAGCCAUCAAGAAGGUUAUAGAGCGUAGCGGGCUACUAGUGACGACGCGAAAGCGAGGCGAGUUCAGCCGCGAUGACACAGACCAAGACCUGAACAGGCUGCUGAGGUUCGCCGAGGGGCAACAGCAAACAGUCAACUCUCUACCUGAGAGUAGGCUCACCACUGCAAUGUCAGCUCUGGGGGCCGCAGUCAGGUACUUGGAGCUGUGCAAUGACCAAGACAACUUUGAGCAGUUCACUCUGCGGCCCCUGGAGCACAGCAGGUUGGUACACCUGGACAGUGCUGUAGUGGCAGCCCUGAGUCUGCUGCCUCCCCCAGGCGCAGCUGCGGCUCACAUGAAACACCAUAGUGUCCUAGGACUGCUGGAUCACUGCAGGACUCCACAGGGCCACAGGUUGAUAGCUCAGUGGGUGAAGCAGCCGUUACGUGACUUGGCGUCCAUUACUGAGCGGCACGACAUCGUGGAGAUAUUGACACUAGAGACAGAACUGCGACAGUCGCUCCACGAGGACCACUUGCGCAGAAUGCCUGACUUGCAGGCACUUGCGCGUCGGCUGCAGCGGAAAAAGGCUUCCAUGCAGGACUGUUACAGGAUCUACCAGGCACUGCAGAGAUUCCCGCUCCUGCUCCAGGCCAUCCAGGACUCUGGGUGUUCCCAUCCCACUCUGGAGGCUCUCAUCGUCAGUCCCAUCCGAGAGCUGUACGCGGACACUGAGAAGCUGCUGGAGAUGGUGGAAUCGACCCUGGACAUGGCCUUGGUGGACAAGGGGGAGUUCCUCAUCAAGGCUGACUUUGACGAUGAUCUGAAAGAGUUGAGAAGCAAAAUGGACAGCUUGGAUGAGGACAUCCAGAAGACGUUGUACAAAGCUGCCCGAGAUCUAUCUCUGGAUCCUGGCAAAACCAUCAAACUGGAGUCCAACUCUCAGUACGGCUACUACUUUAGGGUCACCCUCAAGGAAGAGAAGGUGAUUCGCAACGUCCGAGGUUUUACUCAGCUGGAUGCCAACAAGAGUGGAGUAAGGUUCCGCAACGAUCAGCUGACAGAGCUGAACAGUGAGUAUCAGGAGGCGAAGGACCAGUACACUCAGCAACAGGAGGCAAUAGUGAGCGAAGUCAUCUCCGUGGCAGCUGGCUACAGCACAACUCUGCAGUCUCUGAGUUACCAAGUGGCCCAGCUGGAUGCUCUGGUGAGUCUGGCGCAGGUGGCCGUGAGUGCACCGAUACCUUACGUGCGACCAGUCAUGCACGACAAGAAUACAGGUGUGUUCAGGCUCAAGCAGGCUCGCCACCCUUGCCUGGAGAUGCAAGACAGCGUAUCCUACAUCGCUAACGACAUCGACUUCAAGCAAGGGGAUUGCACUUUCUACAUGGUGACUGGACCCAACAUGGGAGGCAAGAGCACAUACAUCCGCAGUGCCGGCGUCGUGGCACUCCUGGCUCACAUAGGCAGCCUGGUGCCGUGUGAGAGUGCCGAGAUGUCAGUAUUGGACAGCAUACUGGCUCGCGUCGGUGCGUCAGACUCCCAAGUCAAGGGAAUGUCCACGUUUAUGGUUGAAAUGGUCGAGACUGCUUCAAUCAUCAGGACAGCCACAAGUAGUUCUCUAGUCAUUAUUGAUGAAUUGGGAAGAGGAACUUCAACAUUUGAAGGUUGUGGAAUUGCCUGGGCUAUAGCGGAACACUUGGCUUCUGAGGCAAAAUCGUUCACUUUGUUUGCUACUCACUUCCAUGAGCUAACAAGACUCGGUGAGAGUGUUCCGACGCUUGCCAACCGCCAUGUCACAGCUGUCACCCAAGAAGACUCUCUUACGCUGCUCUACCAGGUUCGUCCAGGAGCAUGUGAUCAAAGCUUUGGCAUUCAUGUGGCGAAAAUGGCAAGAUUUCCUCCAAUGGUAAUUGAGAAUGCAAAAAGGAAACUUUCUGAACUUGAAGAUUAUCAGAGCUUGAUAGUUGCUGAAAACGAUGCUAAGAAACGCAAAAUCAUUCAGGAGGGUGAGAACAUAAUGGAGGAAAUGCUUGCCCAGUGCAAGAGCCUGGCUGCCAAGGACAUGUCCGAUACUGAGCUGUCCAAGGCAGUAGCUCAGCUGAAAACUGAAGCCUUGGCACGAGGAAACCCUUACAUCUCGGCUCUUCUCUGCAAAGUCUAGACAUUUUCACUUUAAUUUACGGUUAAGUUUUGUAUUAUAACAAUAAACGAUGUUCCUGUUUUGUA